AUAUAUAAAGUAAAACUGAUGCCUACCGAAUGUUCGGGUAGAAGUGAAAGUUUAGUGUAAGUUAGAAGAGAGAAAAAGAAUGUCAGGUCCUGAGUGCUGUUCUAACCCACCAAAAUUAAACCCCGGAAGUGGAGUUGGUCAUGUCGAGGAGCUUGCUGGCUUCAAGACUUAUGUCACUGGAUCUCUUCACUCCAAGCUGGCUGUUCUUCUUGUCUCUGAUGUUUUCGGAUAUGAAGCUCCAAACUUGAGAAAGCUUGCAGACAAGGUUGCAGCUUCUGGGUUCUAUGUGGUGGUUCCUGACUUCUUAUAUGGAGAACCCUAUAACCCUGAGAGAUCUAAUAUAGCUGUUUGGUUCAAGGAUCAUACAGUGGAUAAAGCUUUUGAGGAUGCAAAGAUAAUAGUUGAUGCUUUGAAAAGUAAAGGGUUUUCAUCCAUUGGAGCUGCUGGCUUCUGUUGGGGUGCUAAAGCUGUGGUUGAACUGGCAAAGGAUGCACUUAUCCAAGCAGCUGUGAUGUUACAUCCGUCAUUUGUGACUGUGGAUGAUAUCAAGAGUGCGAAGGUGCCUAUUUCAAUACUGGGAGCUGAGAUUGACCAAAGGUCUCCCCCAGAACUUUUGAAACAGUUUGAUGAGAUCUUAAAUGCUAAACCUGAGGUUGACAGCUUUGUGAAGAUAUUUCCAAAAUGUGGCCAUGGAUGGACGGUAAGAUACAAUGUUGAUGAUCAAACAGCUGUGUCAUGCGCAAACGAAGCUCAUAAAGAUAUGCUAGAGUGGUUCGCCAAGUAUGUCAAGCGAGAAAACUGAUCAGAUGAUGUUAAUUAGAACUCUGUUGCUGUUAGUGUUAAAUGGCUGAGAAUGUACCUUGAGUUUAUACUAUGCUUGUGUGUCUUAAGAACGCGAGUGAAUUCUGAAAAGAAUAAAUGAGGGUUUGAAUUAAUUCUGGAAGAAAUUA